AUCAAGGAAAAGGAAGAGAAGAAGUCUGCCAUGGACUCCCUAAAUUCAACUCUCUCUGUUCCUUCUAUUGUGCGUCCUCCAUUCUUUUUCAUCAAUGGCUUCUACAAUAUACCUCAUGUCAAAUACUACUAUAUUUUCUUGUGCUUUGUGUUUGUGGUCACUGUGUUAGGGAACUCCUUUGUCAUGUUUAUUAUAUGCACAGAGCGCAGUUUUCACACCCCAAAGUAUAUCACCAUGCUUAAUUUAGCUAUUGCUGACUUGUGUGAAAGCACUGCUCUCAUUCCUAACUUAAUUAAAACAUUUCUUUUUGACUCCCAGUACAUCUCCUUUGAUGCUUGCAUGGCCAAUAUGUUUUUUGUGUUUUUGUUUAGCAGUAUGCAGUCUGCCACUCUUACUGUUAUGGCCUAUGACAGAUUUGUAGCCAUAUGCUUACCACUUAGAUACAACACCAUUAACACUAACACAACGAUGGCCGUGAUAUUAAUAACUGUAUGGACAUAUACUUCAGUAUUUAUGAUUUUGACAAUAGCUUUAAUAACCAGAUUGUCCUUCUGUAGAUCCAUUGUGGUAGAUAGCUAUUUUUGUGAUCAUGGGCCCAUAUUUAGACUGGCUUGCAAUAGCUAUUAUCCAAAUUAUGUUAUGGUUUAUAUUAAUAUAGUGUCCUUUCUUUAUAUACCAUUAAUUAUCAUUGUGUUAUCUUACAUGUUUAUCACACGUGCGCUGUUUAAAAUUGCAUCAUGGGAAGGACGAUUAAAAGCUUUGAAGACCUGUUCCUCCCACCUAAUGCUGGUGGCUAUAUUUUAUUUCCCAAUAAUAGGCACCUACAUUGCUGCACUCUAUUUUAGCCUUCAUCCUAACGUCAGGAUAAUAAACACAUCACUCUCCUAUGCCAUUCCACCAAUGAUGAAUCCAAUUAUUUAUGUGCUGAAUACUGAGGAGAUCAAGGAAUGCACAAAAAAACUUUUCAAAUUGAAAAAGGUUGCUGCAGUCAAAGAGCAGAGUCUGCUCUCUGUGAUUGGCCCAGAUUAA